CGAGACAGGAGUAACGAGGCGGGGCAUCCCCUUGCCUACCGGAAGUGCCAGAGGGCGGGUCUGCUGGUCUGUGGACUUCAGCGGCGCCAUGAACAUCUUACCUAAGAAGAGCUGGCACGUCCGGAACAAGGACAAUGUCGCCCGUGUGCGGCGUGACGAGGCUCAGGCCCGGGAGGAGGAGAAAGAGCGUGAGCGGAGGGUACUGCUCGCUCAGCAAGAGGCCCGCACAGAAUUCCUACGGAAUAAAGCCAGGCAUCGGAACUCGCUACCUGAACUUGAAGUAGCAGACCCAGGAGCUCCAAGUUCUGGCCCUGUGGACCUGUUUCGGGAGCAGCUGGAGGAAGGGAAAGGGGUGACCAGAAGCAACAAAGAGUAUGAAGAAGAAAAGCGGCAGGAGAAAGAGAGGCAGGAGAAAGCGCUGGGUAUCCUGACAUACCUGGGCCAGAGUGCAGCGGAAGCCCAGACUCAGCCCCCUUGGUACCAGCUGCCUCCAAGGCGAGGGUCACCCCCACCUGGCCCGGGACCAGAUGUGAAGGUCAAGAACCGCCUGGACCCUCUGCUGGAGAUGCAGAAACAUUUGGGGAAGAAGAGGAGACACAGUGGUGACCAUGGUGGUCACAGCAAAAAGGAAAAGCAGGGGUCAGAGAAACAGCGGCCCAAAGAAUCCCUGUCCCUGGAUCAGCUUAGAGCUGAACGUCUCCGGCGAGAAGCAGCCGAGAGGGCACGGGCAGAGGCUCUGCUGGCCCGUGUCCGAGGCGGGGCACCCCAGGAGGAGCAGCCAGAAGAGGAGGCGGAUGAUCGGCGGAGGCGGUACAACUCCCAGUUCAACCCCCAGCUGGCUCGGCAACCCCGCCGGCAGGAUCCCCCUCUGGCUCACUGA